AUGGAACACCCCGUCGGCGCCGUCGUGACGAGGCUCUGUCUGACACACCGCUGGUCAGCCGGUUGGUGGUGGAACGUCGCAUCGACAUCGUCUAGACGAGGCUCCGCCUGGUACGCCGUUGAUCAGCCGGUGGGAUGGAUCUCCGAAUUGGCACCGUCGACACGCGCACAUCUGGUGCACCGUAGGAGACCGCAGGCUUGCGGCAAUGCCGUAAGCCAUUGGCAAAUUCGAGUCGUUCUUCCACUGCCAAAAAAACUCGUGGCCCACAGUGGAGUUCGGCCGCGCCGGCACAUCAAGCAGCCCCUAUUCAGGGGUCAGGGCACUGCUUCCUUCGGGGGGGCCUGGAAAAGCUGGCCUAAAAAUUGCUGGGGAACCACGUCGUCUGCUGGCGCACCGUGGUCGCAGACGCAAAACUCACGGUCGAAACAAUCAAACUCGAAACAACAACAACAACCAUACUCAUUCUCCUCAUCCUACCUCUUUUACCUCUACCUCCGUCUAUUCGUCUGCCUAUUCUUCUCCUUCGUCAUCUUCUUCUCCACCUCCUUCCCAUCGCCCCACUCGUUUUCCCCAGACUGACAGGGUGAGCCCGCUCACUCUGGCAGCCUGGAAUGUUCGUUCCCUUUUAGACAAUCCGAGGAGCAACCGACCGGAACGGAGGACGGCGCCUGUGGCACGAGAACUGGCGCGCUACAAGGUGGACAUCGCCGCACUCAGCGAGACCCGAUUCUCCGAACAAGGCCAACUGGAGGAGGUGGGUGUCGGUUAUACCUUCUUCUGGAGUGGCCGACCCAGGGCAGAGCGACGAGACGCGGGCGUCGCUUUCGCCAUCCGGACCGACAUCGUGAGACGACUGCCCUGUUUGCCGCAGGGCAUCAACGAUCGCCUGAUGAGCCUCCGCCUGCCUCUCUGGGGAGGCAAAUUCGCCACCAUCAUCAGCGCCUACGCUCCGACGAUGACCAACGCCGACGCCGUCAGAGACAAAUUCUACGAGGACCUGCACGCCCUCUUGGCGACUGUGUCGAAGGCGGACAAGUUGAUUGUCCUUGGUGACUUCAACGCCCGCGUCGGCGCAGACCAUACUGCCUGGAGGGGAGUGCUGGGUCCCCACGGUCUCCGCGGCUCCAACGACAACGGCCUGCUUCUCCUCCGCACCUGCGCAGAACACCGCCUCACCCUGACGAAUACCUUCUUCUGUCUGAAGGUGCGAGAGAAGGCCACCUGGAGGCAUCCUCGGUCGCGUCAGUGGCACCUGCUGGACUAUGUCCUCGUCCGGAGGCGAGAUCAGCGGGACGUGCUGGUGACGAAGGCGAUCGCGGGUGCUGACGGGUGGACCGACCAUCGCCUCGUCAUCUCGAAGAUGCGUAUUCGCCUACAGCCUCGCAGGAGACCACAAGGUAAGCGACCCCCAGGUAAGCUGAAUGCUGCCUUGUUGUCUUUGCCUGCUCACCGUCUCCAUUUCAGCAAUGAGCUAGCUCAACGGCUAGACAACCUUCCUAUCGCUGCUGCCGCCCACGACGCCGCCGCCGCUGCCGAGACCGCCUCCGUGGAGAACCGCUGGUGUCAACUGCGUGACACAGUCCAGUCGACGGCGCUCGCCGUCCUCGGUCGCGCUCCCCGCCAACACCAGGACUGGUUCGACGACAACGACGCUGCCAUCAGAUAUCUGCUUGCCGAGAAGAACCGCCUACACAAAGCCUACGUAGAGCACCCAACUGAGGGCAACAAAGCUGCCUUCUACCGCAGUCGCCGACAGCUUCAGCAACGACUGCGCGAGAUGCAGGACGCCUGGACUGCUCGCAAAGCUGAGGAGAUCCAAGGCUACGCGGACCGCAACGAUUGGAAGAACUUCUUCUCCCCUAUCAAAGCUGUCUACGGUCCGCCGACGAAGGGCACUGCUCCUCUCCUCAGCGCCGACGGCAGCACUCUCCUGACUGAGAAGACGCAAAUCCUGCAGCGAUGGGCCGAGCACUUCCGAGGCGUCCUCGGAAGUGUGGGCAAGGGAGUGUGUUGUCACGCCUAG